UUUAUCUAAGCAUUAUUAUCACAUAUUUCCUCCAUAGCAGUCAGCAAUUCAGCAUAUAUGAGUAAUUUCUCUUCCUAAUCAAAAGUUGAAUUUAGCUUAUUUUCUUCUCAGUUUGAGAAUUUCUCUCCCUAGUCAAAAUUCAGCAUUAGCGUAUGUGGGAAUCGAGACCCUUUAUACUCUUCAAAUUCAGAUAAGGUAACCAAAAUAUCCACUCCCAAAUAACACAGGCAGACGAGCAGACCAGAUUUUUUUUCAUUUCUUCUCUCAAAACAUUCCAUAAUGGCUGCUACUCUCUCCACUGCUCUAGAUCUCCAUUUUGAUAUCAAUCAAUCUGAUGCAAAAAGACCCAUUUUCUUCACCAAAACAGUAAAGCAAAACCCCAGGCGAAAAUUCACCAUUUCUUGUAGCACCCCCAAUUCUUCUUCAAAAUCUCCCCAAAACCCACCAGAAUCACCCAAAAAAAACCCAUCUUUAUCUGAGCAACUCCAGCCUGUUUACGCAACCACACUUCCCAAAAAAGACCAAGCUCGUCUCUUGUCAAAGCCAAAGUCGACUUGGGUCAAUCCUACCAAACCUAAAAGAUCUGUGCUUUCACUGCAUAGGCAAACGCGUUCUCCUUAUGUAUACAAUCCAAAAGUUAGAGAGCUAAAACUCUUUGCUCAGAAGCUGAAUGAUUGUGAAAAUAGUGAAGAUGCUUUCCUAAGUGUUCUUGAAGAAAUCCCACAGCAACCCACUAGAGAAAAUGCGCUUUUGAUACUCAACAGCUUGAAACCAUGGCAAAAGGCUCACCUUUUCUUCAAUUGGAUGAAGACCAAGAAUUUGUUUCCUCUGGAAACUAUAUUCUACAAUGUCACAAUGAAGUCUUUGAGGUUUGGGAGGCAGUUUGAGCUCAUUGAGGAACUUGCUAAUGAAAUGGUAAGCAAUGGGAUUCCACUUGAUAACAUUACAUAUUCAACUAUUAUUACCUGUGCCAAAAGAUGCAAUCUUUUUGAUAAGGCUGUAGAGUGGUUUGAGAGGCUGUAUAAAACUGGUUUGAUGCCUGAUGAAGUCACUUAUUCAGCUAUUUUAGAUGUUUAUGCGAAAUUAGGUAAGGUUGAGGAAGUACUUAGUUUGUAUGAGAGAGGGGUAGCUAGUGGUUGGAAACCUGACCCUAUUGCAUUCUCUGUAUUGGCAAAGAUGUUUGGUGAGAAUGGAGACUAUGAUGGUAUUAGGUAUGUUUUGCAAGAAAUGAAAUCUCUUGGUGUGCAGCCUAAUUUGGUUGUUUACAAUACAUUGUUAAAGGCUAUGGGCAAGGCAGGGAAGCCUGGGUUAGCAAGAAGCCUUUUUCAGGAAUUGCUUGAUUCUGGUUUAACUCCAAAUGAGAAGACUUUAACUGCCCUUGCCAAGAUAUAUGGAAAAGCAAGGUGGGCAAAAGAUGCAUUGGAAUUAUGGGAGGAAAUGAAGUCGAAAAAGUGGCCAAUGGAUUUCUUUUUGUAUAAUACUUUGUUGGCUAUGUGCGCAGACAUUGGUUUAGUUGAGGAGGCAGAGCAGCUUUUUGCGGAUAUGAAGCAAUCAGAGCAUUUUAGGCCAGAUAGUUGGAGCUACACAGCAAUGCUGAAUAUAUAUGGAAGUGGGGGGAAUGUUGGUAAGGCGAUGGAGUUGUUUGAGGAGAUGUCUGAGGUGGGUGUUGAGCUCAAUGUAAUGGGAAGCACAUGUUUGAUUCAGUGCUUGGGGAAGGCCAGAAAGAUAGAUGAGUUGGUGAGGGUAUUUUCUGUCUCACUUGAACAGGGAAUUAAACCAGAUGAUAGGCUCUGUGGGUGCCUGUUGUCUGUUGUGUCACUGUGUGAGAGCGGGGAGGAUAUGGAUAAAGUUCUCACUUGCCUGCAGCAAGCUAAUCGUCGGUUAGCUGUAUUCGUGAAAUUGAUUGAAGAUGAGAAAAGUAGUCUUGACACUGUCAAAGAAAACUUCAAGAGAAUCAUCAGUGACACUAAAGAUGAUGCCAGAAGACCAUUCUGUAAUUGCUUGAUUGAUAUAUGUAGAAGCAAGAGUCUCCAUGAGAGAGCACAUGAUCUGCUUUAUCUGGGAACCCUAUACGGAUUGUACCCAGGUUUACACAAUAAAACCAUGGAUGAGUGGAGUCUGGAUGUUCGGUCACUCUCUGUUGGCGCAGCACAGACUGCUCUUGAAGAGUGGAUGGGGACCUUGGCCAAAAUUGUUAAGCGUGAAGAAGCAUUGCCAGAGCUAUUUUCAGCUCAAACUGGUGUUGGAACUCAUAAAUUCUCUCAAGGACUGUCCAAUGCCUUCGCUUCUCAUUUGAAGAAACUUGCAGCACCAUUCAAGCUGAGUGAAGAGAAAUCUGGUUGUUUUGUGGCAACAAGGGAGGAUAUAGUGCUAUGGUUGCAAUCGAGGAUUUCAUCACCCACCGUUACAGUUUAGAAGCAUGUCUCUCUGCGAAAUGCCCUAGUAAUUUUAGAUUGUUACAUCAGUUUAUAACAUAUAGCUGAUUAUCAACAAUACCAGUUGUGUUUUGUUCUGCUUUGAAUUGAAAGGAAUUCCAGAAAUUAAGCCUGAUUGUAACAUUGAUCUUUGUUGAUAUCGAUAUAUGGUUUGUACUCACCAUGUAGAUGAGAUAAUGGGCUCAAAAGCUGGAACAAUUGGAACAAAUUCCUACUGUGAACCGCAUUGGCGGAAACCCACCUUCAAAAUUACAGAUGCUCACUUUGGGCGAGGAAAUGCUCAGGUUCAGUAACUAUUUCUAACAUUUGUAUCCCCCACCAAAUUACACUAUUUUCACUGUCUUUUUG